UUACUUUCUAUUUUUCUAGUCCCUGCUGCUACCGCAACAGCUUGUGGACAAAACUUUCCUACAUCAGAUUUGUUGUGGGGUUUUGUUCUAACUAUAAGUGUAAUGUUAACACACUUCUUAUCCGAAGGUACCUGGAUCCUUGCAACACGGUAGCGUGUAUCAUGCCCUUCAAGAAAUAGGCAAGCAUGAAGGUCUCAAAGGUCUCUACAGGGGAUUGAUUCCUAGGUUGGUGAUGUACAUGUCUCAAGGAGCAAUUUUUUUUUGCAUCAUAUGAAAUGUUCAAGAGUUUAUUCUCCCUGGAUGUGCCAAAACAAACCAUACAGCACAACAAAAACGAAGAGGAUAAUUCCACUUCCAGUACACCAUUAUCUUCGCGGUCAAGACGGCGCCUUCCAUCAUGGAUACCGGGUGUUUCUGCUGCCGAACAAGUGAGGAAGUCGGAUAAUGGAGAUAAAAACGAUACUGUCAAAGUGGAAGGACAUGUCAUUAGCCGGUCAAAGGCUAAAAGAAAGCCUGGGAAAGCUGAAUUGCCUCAAGAAAAGGAAGCUUUCGUGGCAAGUUCAGAUGAACUUUCAAAGCCUACGAAGAGAUGGAAAAGAAAGUUCAAUGGACAAGAUGCCGAAUCAGAAGGCACUGGCUCUGGAGGUAGUAAAGAUAUUGAAUUCCCAUCUCCAAUUGAUGAUGGCAGUAAACUUACAGUCAAUGUGGCUGUGAAGUACGUCAAAGCUGACAAAGAUGUGGAGAGACCAAAAUCUUCGAAUCUGGAUUGUGAACUAGAAAGGCAUUUUCCAGCGACGGCUUCUUAUAGAAAUGAGUCAGAAGGCUGUCUCAAAGACAGUAAUGGUACGCAAAGUUCACCUACUCAUGAAGCAGCAAGCAAUAACUCAACUGUAUGUCUGGCAAAUGAACACAGUUCCGUUAAUACCAGCAGAACUGGGGAUCCUGUUCAGGAUAUGCUGGAUCUGAAUGCUUUGGUUGGAAUAGUUAAGAAAGGGCAUUUACCUUCACCGUACACUGGAUGGGGGGCUCUACUCUGCAAGAACAUUCCACACUCAAUCAUCAAGUUUAGUUUUCCUUUAUGCUUUUGGAUUCCAACCCUUGCCCUUGAUCUCCCUAUUGCGUCUAUUGAACUUGUAAUUGUGGAGAUUAUCAUUGCCAAUUUAUGCAGUUCUGCAACAAUUUCCUUGAGGCUCAUCCAAGAUUUUCUCCUCCUUUUGCUUGAUGCACCAACAGUAUUUUCAGCAUCUGUUGUGGUAGAACUGCCAUUGCAUUCAGCUGAUCUUUUUGAUCCUGAUUUAUUCCUCUUUCUCUUGUUCCCAUCCAACAAAGUCCUUCCCAUUUUCACCAAAGGAGUGGUUGGAUUAUCCAUAAGUGGAGCCUCCUCUGCCAUUGCCGGCAAAGCUAUUACCUCAACAUUACAAGGCUUAUCUUUAUCUUUGUUUGGGCAGCUUCACAAUCCAACACUGUUGAAGUCUUCAGCUGCUUCUACACCUGAAAAUCUCGAGUUCAGGGCGGUGCUUCAUCACGAGGUCGCUGAUGGUGCGGCCACGGUGAAGGGGUAUAAGAAGCUGGAAGAGAUGGUGAGGCGAUUCCAGAUCCCCAGGACCAUCCUGAUCCGAGCUGGGACGCCAAAUGAACGAGCGUGUUCAGUGUCACGGACAGGCUGGGUGCCAGUAUACGUAGACCAUUUUGAUGCCGGAGUCAUGAGCAGCCUCCUUGAGCGACAACGUCAACGAGCUCAAGGCUCAAAGGGCGGGGCACCGGGUCUAGCUCCCAACGUCAAUCCCGCUUUGACGAGUGGCCACCUGUUGCACCGGGGCGCAGUUCGCAGCACCGAAGUUCUAGCUCGGCGCAGAGGCCGCGUGCCGAGCAGAGGACUGAGCCGGCACCCUCCAGCUCUAGGAGCCGCUGCUGCGCGUCCUGCUGGCGUGCAUCAAGCGCCAGCUCGCGAGGUUGCAGAGGCCGCCCCCACCUCGUCGUCUGUGGGGGGGCCAAGGAUUGCAUACCCGGAGGGCUUCAGUUACGCCCGGACAGAGUGCCAAACUGCAAUGCUACAGGGUAUGCAAAACUUUGUGCCCCCUGCCGACAGGCUACGCGCAAAGGGGCACGUUCAGCAGCAUAGAGGACAUGCUGCGCUGAUAAAGCUGAUGGAUGCGUUCAGCUAUACGGUCGCACUCUUCGAGUGCGAGCAGGGGGCCAGGGCACAGAACCACGAGCUCCAGAAAAGCUGCAAACAACUGGCCACUGAAAAAGCCAGCUUGACUGACGAGGUCAGUCGUUUGCAGAGCUCGGAGAUGGCAGACCGAGCAGCAUCAGCCGAGAGUCGAGCCGAUGAGCUGGCCCGUAAGGUUGACGAGCUGAAGGAGGAGCUCGUGAGGGCCCAAGUGGAGAAGGAAAGCGGCAUUCAGGCUGCUAAGGAGGAGCUCGGCCCUUAGGAUUUUUUGUUCUGUUUUUGUAUGUUUGUGUUAAUCAAUGAAUUUAUUUACU